UCACAAGUGUCUGUUUCAUCCUCACAACAUACGCGAUUCAGAGAGACUUGACCCUUUGGAUUACUCAAGAGCUCAUCUCUUCCCUCUACAAAAAUGGCCGCACGUCUCAAACCUUCUCCUACCUCCUUCUUCCGCCAUGACUUCUUUCUCUCUCACUUUCACAGCUCCUCUCCUCCCUUCUUCCAAACCCAAAAGAUCCGUUCUUGUCGCUGCAGCUCAGACCACCGCUCCUGCCGAAUCCACCGCAUCCGUCGACGCAGAUCGGCUUGAGCCAAGGGUUGAGUUGAAAGAUGGGUUUUAUAUUCUCAAGGAGAAGUUUCGCAAAGGGAUCAAUCCUCAGGAGAAGGUUAAGAUCGAGAGAGAGCCAAUGAAGCUGUUUAUGGAGAAUGGUAUUGAAGAGCUUGCUAAGAAGUCAAUGGAAGAGCUUGAUAGUGAAAAGUCUUCUAAAGAUGAUAUUGAUGUUAGACUCAAGUGGCUUGGUCUCUUCCACCGUAGAAAGCAUCAGUAUGGUAAGUUUAUGAUGAGGUUGAAGUUACCAAAUGGGGUGACUACAAGUGCACAGACUCGGUAUUUAGCGAGUGUGAUUAGGAAGUAUGGUGAAGAUGGAUGUGCUGAUGUGACAACUAGACAGAACUGGCAGAUCCGUGGUGUUGUGUUGCCUGAUGUGCCUGAGAUCUUGAAAGGUCUUGCUUCUGUUGGGUUAACUAGUCUACAGAGUGGAAUGGAUAAUGUGNGACGAAGUGAAUAA